UGUGUAGAAGCAGAGUGUAGUCUAGUAGAGGACAGAGGUAUGUGCUAAAGGCAGCAAUCUAGCGAUUCGUACCCUCAACAGAAACCAUGGAUUACUAUUACGAUGACUACUACGACGAGUAUUACGAUCAGGCGGGCGUACCGGAGCGUUCCUUUAACCGUGAACUUAGCUUCGACGAAACCGUCAACAAUUGUGUCCAUCCAUCGCUACGGUUUGCCGGAGAGUAUAUUGUUAAUUUUAUCGUCAUUAACUUGACAUUCUGCGUGUUGGUGCUAGCAGCGAAACGACUCUUCCCUGGCCAAUUAAGGAAUUUGCAUGUACUCAGCUGCGUUUGUGGUGUGGCCCUUUUCUACCGAGUACUUGAGCAUGGAUACUAUCACUUCGUGCAGCUAGCCGUCACCCUGUACGUUAUGCAGUGGUUGCUGCAUCGUUGGUUUAGCAAAACUGCCCGUUAUAUAAAGUCGCCUUUCAUCCUCAUCGCUUAUGGAAUCGGAAAUCUACUACUGAGCGAGCUUCUAGAACCGUCGCCUGAAGCAUGGAACCGCGUAAGGGGCACCCAGAUGAUCCUCUUGAUGAAGGUGUUAUCUUUAGCAUUCGACACGGAGGAUAAUAUGGCGCUGCGGAACCAAUUGGGCGUGCUUUCAUACUGCGGAUACAUCCUCUGUCCCGCCAACGUGAUUCUAGGUCCGUGGGUCUCAUUCAGUGACUAUCUACACAUUUGGCGAGCAUCAGCCGGAGGGUUAGAAUCCAAGCAAACCAGAUCGACCGGACGUCGGAUGCUGAUUCAUGUGUUCCGACUAGCGAUAAACGCACUAAUGGCCGUUGCGUUUCUGCUCACCUCUAACUGCAUGAUCGAUUACCUGCUGGCACCGGCUGCGAAUUGGAAAUGGGUGCGAGCAUACGGAAGGGCAUUGUCGUUUCGCACCAGCCACUACUUCAUCGCAUACCUUUCGCAGAGUUCUAUGCUCGCGGCGGCCGCGGAUUGGAGCCGAGCGGACGACGAUCGUUCACUGAUGGUUCCUGUGAGCUCGCUGUACCGGGUAAGCUCCCCGCUGGCAGUGGAAUUCCCCCGAUCGUUGGUGCAGGUUGUGACGGCUUGGAAUAUACCGAUGCACCUUUGGCUCAAGCGGUACAUCUUCCGCACGACGAAGCGCCCAUUCGGGACGGGGGCAGCCAUUGCGCUAACCUACAUCAUAUCAUCGCUGCUGCACGGUUUGCACUACCGUCUGUGGAUAACGCUGCUAACCAUCGGCUCGUGGACGUACGUUGAGCACGAAAUUAGGAAAAAGCUUGCCGCCAUCUACUCGGCGUGCGUGCUGGUUGGCAAGUGUCCCGAGGCGUGUGUCAUGCAUCAGCAUAAAGGAAAAAGUCUGUUCAGUAUCGUCAUCAAUGCACUGUUUUUCCUGCUGAACGUGUUCAAUCUGAUCUACCUUGGAUGCAUCUUUGAAUCGACCGAAGGCCCACCGGAGGAAGUCCAUCAUGAUACGUCGAUCUUUGGUCGCUGGACUGAAUUAAACUAUGCUUCCCACUGGUUGCUAGUAUUUGCCUACUUAUUCUAUUUUAUCAUUUGAUACGAACGUAAAACUUAGAAAACUAAGGACCAAACAAUCGCCCAUGAGCACAAAUUCAAUCAAUUCACACGCUUCUAUUUCAACAGAUACGCAUAAUCCUUUCUUUGUAGUGUACCGAACAGUAUUCUUGAUCAAUACUGAUCUCAAGAAAAAAAAGCUUUUCCAACUCUAUGUAAACAAUCAGUCAAUUUUCCCGUACCACUAACAUAGUGAACACGCACAACCUAAGCAAUGUGAUAAUUUUGGAGGAAAACCUAAAAAAACACUAAAUCGCCAACAAAAAAAAAGGUUAUAGGAGAAUAAAAGUAAUUAGUCACUAACAAAUUGUCUUUAAGCUCUCUUAUAAAUAAAAGAUAAAA